AGCACCAUAGCUGCUCUCUCUCCUCUCUGCAAACAAGCCCUGCAGGAUGUCUCCCGUGUGCUGUGCCUCCGAAGUUCUCUUCAUCAGUCCUGCUUUACGACUUUACGGCAGAGUUUAGAUGUGCUCUCAUAGAGCAUCACUGAUGAAGAUUUGUUGGAAGUGUAGCAGUUAUCAUGGAUGUUCAUGAGAAAUGAAGCAUUAGUGGCCUGUUUUUGGAGAAAAAAACAACACUGUUAUGGCGGAUCAAGACAACACAAAGAGUUCAGAAGAGGAUGUGUCACCUGACAUCAAGGAUUGGAGUAAACAGCAAGUGAAGGAAUGGACUCUCAACUUAGACGGUGUGGAUGACAGUGUUGCAGAAAUACUCUUUCAGCAGGACAUUAAUGGACAUAGUCUCUUGCUUUUAGAGACAUCAGACUUAACAUCAAUGGGUGUGACCUUUGGACCAGCAAAACUUAUCCUUCAUGCAAGAGAUGAGGUAGUGAAAUUCAUGAAAGAGAACCCAGCUAGCUGCACAAAUCAUCCUGGAGGACCAUGCAAACCUUACCCGUUUUGUCGUUUCCACGAUACACACAGAUACAUAGAGAACAGUGUUCUGGAUAUCACAGAGUCUGGUGCCUCAGACUUAAUUGAGCCUUGCCACGAGUACAAGGCUUUUGUCAAUGUAACAGAUGAAACUAGAAUGGGCAAGUUCACUUAUGAGGUUAUUCGCUUUGCUUCUGCCUGUAUGAAUAGCCGCACCAAUGGUACCAUCCACUUUGGGAUAGGGGACAGGCCAGACUUCAUCCAUGGCCAAGUGCUGGGAGUCAUUGAUGAGGACAAAGAGGCUUAUGCCAAUGAACUUAAAAUCGCUAUUGAUGCUUGUUUUGAGCAUAAACACAAACAGGCUGCUCAAACUUGCAUCAAACCUCCCCGGUUUGUUGGGGUUCUCAACAAGAAUUGGACAUCAUCAGACAAAUGUGUGAUAGAAGUGGACAUUGUUCCCGACACGGCUAUCUGUGAGGAAAACUUUUACCAUGCAUUAAAUGUGGAUGCACUAAAAGCCAAGAAAAAGGGUAAAAAAGUAGAGGUCAACGCUGCAACAAAAUCAAAACAUUUGUUUGUCAGAGAUGGCGGUAGCAGCACAGAUCUCCUUGUUCAACCUAAACCUGAGGCAAAGGUUAAACAGUUCGAUGCUGGGAUGGCCAAACUGUCUCAACUCCGAAAACAAGCAGAAGAGAAGCACCUUAACGUGAUAAAAAGCAGCACUCAGGGAUCUAGACUAAGUCGCAUGAUCACUGGUGGAUCCCUCUCUCUAGACAAGUCCCACUUUCAGGAGUAUGUCAUAGUAACAAACAAGUCACAUCCAAUCCAGCUUGAAUCACUUGGAUUUCUUGUUGAACUCAACCCGACAGCUGUUUUAGACUUUGAUCCGGAUUCAGCCAAACAUGGUCUACAGAGGCACUAUGAACAGCAGAGUACUGUACAUGCUAAUUUACCUGUAGAGUACAAAAUUACAAAAGGAGUCCAGGACAUUGCUGAAGACUUGGAAUUAACACGAGGAACCAGCUGGGUGUUCUGCAAUGGAGGUAUUGAAGAUGAGAGCCCAUCAGACAUAGACCAGUGGUUGAAGGAAAAGGGAGCAUCAGUUCGUGAUGUGGUUUCUUUCUUGUGCCGGAAAGAUGUGCUUCCAAACCAGAGGUUCCUUGUUGUUUUCUUACUUUUGUCAACAGUGAAUGAGAAGAUGGACCCACUUGUUGAGACCUUCAUUACAUUCUACCAGGAGCUCAAAGGCACAGAGCAAAUCCUUUGUUUAUGUGAAAAUGAAAAAGCAUUUACCUCCUGGAAGGACCUACUUGAGGCUCGGUGUGGAAUCAACAUCUCUGAUAGAUGCAUAUAUGAGCUGAGUUUUCCUGAGAUCAAUGGCACUGUCCUCAGUCUUUUGUCUGAAAACCGUAAAUCCAAGCGUUUCCUACCCUGUGGUGGGGGAAGUAAAGUGCUACUUGAGAGGAAGCUGGAGCGUAGUCUGGAUACCUUGGAGAUUCUGUGUGUGAACCAGUGUGAGAGAGGAAACGAGGACAAACUUCAAACAGAGGAGAACUUCUACAAAGGGGGAAAAGUAUCAUGGUGGAAUUUCUACUUCUCAGAAGAACCUGGAUCCACACCAUUCAUCAAACGGGACAUGUUCGACUACAUCAUCGACACGGUCAUACCAGAUUUGUGCUCCCUGACGAAAGCCUGCGUGUUGUUCCACCUCAUGCAUGUACCUGGAUGUGGUGGGACAACUUUGGCCAUGCAUACUUUGUGGGCUCUCCGUCACAGAUUCCGUUGUGCUGUCCUCAAAAAUUGCAGGGCUGAUUUUGUUAAAGUAGCUGAACAAGUAGUCAAACUUUUGAUGAAUGACCACAAGGAGCAAUUCCCAAGGGUCCCUGUUUUGCUGAUGCUAGAUGACUUUGACGACAAAGACAAAGUAUUUGACCUGCAGCAGCUUAUUGAAAAAGAAUGUGCAAAGAAAGACAUCCGGUCCAAGACUGCACAGGUCAUUCUCCUGAACUGUAUGAGGUCCGAGUCCCCUGUACCGAUUGAACAAACUGAAAACACAGUUUUCAUCGGCAAUAAUCUCUCUGAUAAGGAACAGAGACUGUUUGAGGAAAAACUGGUAGAAAUAGAGAAAAAACACAGGAAUGCUGAAACAUUUUAUGGAUUCAUGAUCAUGAAGAAAAACUUCAAGUCAGAGUAUGUUGAAGGUGUGGCCCGCAACACCUUGAAGAGCUUUAACAGGAAUCAGAAACAUGCACAGCUCCUGUCUGUUUUGGUUCUGCUUGAUGUUUACUGCAAGGGUUCCGCACUCUCCAUCUCCCUCUGUGAGGAAUAUCUUGAUCUGAAACCAAAACCAUUUUGUGGUUCUGUCAAAGUCGAAGAAGGAUUUGGGAAAUUUUCCCCUUUGAUUGCCAGGUGUUCAGUUCAAGAUAAGGUGGUUUUUGAAGGUGUGAAAUUUAUCCACUCAAGUAUUGCAUGGCACUGUCUGCAGGAACUCACAAAAACCCACAAUGUGAGCAAGGCUGAUGUCACUGACUUCCUGCUGACCACAAACGCACUCUAUGAGAGCACACAAGGCAAAGACAAACUCCUGCGAGAUGUUCGCCAGAUUCUGCUGAAGAGAUAUCAUUCUGUGGAGGAACAAUCCCAGUUUUCUCCACUGAUUCAAGACAUUGCAGAUGAAACCCCAGGGCAGGAGGAGAUGGUGCUGAAAAAUGCAGCAAAGCUGUUUAAGAAAGAUGCCAUUAUCCUUCAGUUACUUGCCAGGUACUAUUACCUGAAGAAGAAAGAGUUCUCAGAGGCAAAAGAUUGGGCACAGGGAGCACGAGAGCUUUCCAAAGACAGUUCAUACAUCGCUGACACUUCAGCGCAAGUUGUCAAGCAUGAGCUGAAAAAUGCCAUUGCAAAGUACAAGGAAGAACAUAUAAGUCACAACCAAUUGGAAAUGUUUCUCAAGAUGGGUCAAUCAGCAAUAGAGGCAUUCAAGGAAGCACAGAACCUUGCCAAAAAGGAGUCCGUUCAGAGAUUAAACGCCAAGAAAGACAACAAUCCCUUUAAUGUAUCAGGAUGUCUGGGAGAAAUUCAGGUUGGAGUCCUUCUCAUUGAGGUGCUGGUUAAGACCCCGAUAUUUUCAUCUGACAAUGUCCGCCAUGACAUACUGAGUGAGGUUCUCUCUGGUGGCAUUAAACUUCAGGAUGUGGAAAGCCGUGAUAAAUGGCUGAGUAAACACAGAGGAUACUACAUGAUCCUUCGAGAGUUUGAGGAUGUACUUUACAACCUCAAGUACAGGAUGAAGGUGAACUUUGAACUCCUUGAGAACUUUUAUGUGAAUUUGGGCUCUAGAUUUGGAAUCAAAGACAGUCGUGAACAGGGAAUCCAAAAUGAGCUUUGCAGAUGUUUCGAUCAUUAUGCUAAGCUUUUCUGCAAGACCGAUUCUGCACCUCUUUGGAAGAAGAAGAACCUUUCCCCCCUGCUGAAACUGCACCUGGCAAGACAGUCUCUGGAGAUGCAGAAAGCUGAUACCUAUUCUGGGAUUCUGAAUUGUCUCACCAAUGGCCGCUCCUCUGCAACAAUUGAGAACAUUGCCAAACAGUAUGACUUUGUUUGUCAAACUAAUCUCACACUGACUGUGAAGGAGAAAAUCAACUUCAUCUAUGUCAAUGUUGUGUUGAGUCGUGUCAGACUGGGGUCACCUCUCCUUAAGCCAUACCAGACACUCGUUCAACACCUUCGCCAAAUUCUGCAUGAGCCAAUCCCUCUAAGUGAUAAUUUGCCACUGUACUUCAUUGCAGUUGCAUUAUUGUGGCCACAUCAAAACUUCUCGAGUCCAGAGUGGACAGGUCUGGGGAAGUACAUCUCACUGAUGAGAACGGCGUAUCACUCAGUGAUGAAGGAAGUGAUGAAUGGAAAAAGACCCGUUCUCCAUUUCUUCCUGGGGAAGAAGCAGGGCUAUGAACGACUGGUACACUUGGAAGAAAUCCAAAAGUGCAAGACGAUCGAGCAGGAUCAGUUUGCUUCUGUUUGGGAAAAUGGCAAAAUCUGGAAAGAGCAGAAGGUGAAAGAGCUCCUUUGCAGGGUCACUGGUGAGGUGAAGGGUGACCUGAUACUGGCAGACACUUGUAUGCCCAAUCUGAAAGUGGAAGUCCCUCCAGUGUUCAAAAGUGAGCUUAGAGGGCAUUCCCAAGGGUCAAGAGUUUCGUUCUUCAUUGGUUUCUCCUUGAAAGGCCCUGUAGCACUUGACAUUAGCUAAACCACAACAGCAGACUGAUCCAAGCUGCUCUACGCUUAAUUUAUCCUAGGUUUCCAUCUGUUAAACAGGCGCUUGAAUGAGCAUACUUUUAAAUAUGACAUCUGUUUGUUUCAUUUUUUUUUCUGGAUUUUACAGUUUGGUAAAGAUUAACAUAAAUUGUGAGUGACUUUAAAAAUUCCAUCUCACGAACCUCACAUCAUAAUGUGUGAAAGAAACUGUAAAUGUCAUUUUAAGAACUGAAAAGUGAAAUAUCGUGUUCUUAUUAACUGAAAUAGUUGAAAUGUUACGUGUUGCAUGAAAUGAUGUUCAUCACACAUUUUGAAUUCCUUUAACUUUUGGUGUGUUUCAAGAAAUAUGCAAGACUUUGCAGCUUGUUAUUGAAGCAUCUUUGAACCUGCAUGUACCAUUACUUGCUCUGACAACUUUUGAAUCAUGUUUCCUCUUGUAUUGAAAUGAGUGAAAUUGCGCAUUUUGCAUUGAAUGUUAAGGGAUUUUUUCUGACUUAUUUUGAGUUGAGCUCAUCUUUUUUGUUUGUUUGUACCAAAAUGUUUGAAAUACUUAAGUUUGAACCUUUUCGUUGUUGUUUGACUUUAAUGACUUGAUCAAAGUGCUUUUAAAGCAUUGAAUGAUAAAACAAGCACUGAGAUUUGAAACACUUGUCUUAUAAAGAUGGACUGUUAAGUAUGUUUACCAAGAAAUGUGUAAGAAUGUGCAGCUUUGACAUGUUAUCUUUUCCCACAUGUCUGAUUAUCAAUACAACUUACUUCUAAAUAGUGUUUUAUUUGCCUCCCAUAUUCAAUCAAGUUAUUCCUAUUUUUUUAUUCUGCCUGUUGAACAGUUGAGUUUGGGACUUUAUUUUUAAUGCUCAUCCUGAUUCUGCAUUUGUACUUACUAAAUGAUGUUAAAGAUACCGCUGUUUUUUCACUUGCAUCGUCAUUGUGACCAGACUUUGGUAUGAACACUGAUGAAAACUGAGAUUUCAGAUCUGCAUGAUGUGUACUGUUUAAAUGAUAACUGUGAGACGUGUGAGAAUCUGUGGUGUCAUUAUGUCUUUAAAAUCCUACUCGUACCAUUUUAAACAUUAACUUAGAAUAACUUUUGAACAAUAUGUUACAUUACUUGUCUUUUAUUCAAGCAAGUCAUUCAGUUUUUGCUAUUACAUUUUUAACUUCUGGAUUCUUUACGUUCAUAUUGAUCACAUCAUUGUUUGUGUGGUGAUAUUAUGUUAAAAGCUGAACUGUUUUUAACUUUUCCUUUAAUGUGUGCAUAACCUUGGUAACUUUGUUCACAUAUGUUUCGCAUUCCAUGAAAAACUAUGGUCAAUGCUAAGUCUUGAAAUGUCUGUCUAAUAAAGAUGCACUGUUAUGCUACCAUA